UCUACCCUUAGGCUAUUGCACCAGUGCUGACCAGGGCCAAAAGAAGUUUAGAAGAGUCUGUGUGUGUGAGUGUGCGUGAGUGUGUGUGUGUGUGUGUGUGUGUGUGUGUGAGAGAGAGAGAGAGAGAGAGAGAUGAGGCUACUUUCAUGGGCACCUCUGGACUAGACAUAGCUACUGAAUAACCGUGCUGCAAGUGUGGAAAAGGCAGAAAGAACCUGUGACCCGACUCAAUGCUUCGCUUGACCCGUCUCUAUUUUCUGGGGGUUGCAUUUCUGAUAUGUGCAACUAAGCCAGUGGCUGGAGGACAGUCUGGUGAGGCGAUGCAUAACCACAGAGAGACAAACUUAACAAAUCUCAAUGUAGUGGCAGUAAGAUGGGGCCAUGUGGAGACUCCUUACCUGGUAGUACUGUGGAUUCUUGUUGCUGGAGUGGCAAAGAUUUCUGUGAUACAGAUGAAUACCUGGCUUAAAAGCUUUUUCCCCGAGAGUGGACUCCUGAUCAUCUGUGGUUUUAUUCUGGGUGGUAUCAUCUGGGGUGCAGACAAGGUACAGACGUUUUCACUCACCCCAAGAAACUUUUUCUUCUUCUUACUGCCACAAAUCAUCUUGGACACGGGUUACUUCAUGCCCAACAAGCUUUUCUUCAGCAACCUGGGUGCCAUCCUGGUGCAUGCCGUUAUUGGGACAGUCUGGAACGCAGCUGCAGUGGGGGUCUCUCUCUGGGGCUGCUAUCUAGGAGGAGCUAUGGGUGACCUCCAGAUCGGAUUGUUACAGUUUCUGCUAUUCGGAAGCUUGCUUGCUGCUGUUGAUCCAGUGGCUGUGAUUGCUGUGUUCGAGGAAGUGCAUGUGAAUGAAGUGCUUUUCAUCUGGGUGUUUGGAGAGUCGCUGCUCAAUGACGGCGUCACAGUGGUACUGUACAACGUUUUUGAUGCCUUUGUGUCUCUGGGAGGGCCAAAGAUUAAUGCUGUUGAAAUCAUCAAAGGCAUAGUCUCAUUUUUCAUAGUGGCAUUUGGAGGUUCAUUGGUUGGUGUUGCGUAUGCCAUCAUCAUCUCACUGUUGACCAAGUAUACUGGGAAAGUUCAGAUCAUUGAGGCUGGUUUCAUCUUUGUGCUUGGCUAUCUGUCUUACCUCACAGCCGAGAUGCUUUCACUCUCUUCCAUCCUUUCAAUCACUUUCUUCGGUGUUUGUUGCCAGAAAUACGUGAAUGCUAACAUGGAUGAAAAGUCUGUAACUACAGUGCGGUAUGCCAUGAAAGUAUUCGCAGUUGGCUCAGAGACCAUGAUCUUUGUCUUCUUGGGUAUCUCCGCCAUCGAUAAUGUCAUCUGGGUGUGGAAUACUGGCUUCAUUUUCCUUACACUGCUCUUUGCUAUAAUCUACAGAUUUAUAGGCGUCUUUAGCUUGACUUGGUGUUUAAACCGGUAUAGACUGGUUCCCAUGGAAAUCAUUGAUCAGAUAGUGAUGAGUUAUGGUGGUCUGCGUGGGGCCGUGGCAUAUGGAUUGGCAGCUUCACUGGAUGAGACCAGGAUUAAAGAGAAGAACCUGAUGAUCAGCACAACACUCAUUGUCGUGUACUUUACUGUCAUACUUCAGGGUCUCACUAUGAAGCCUUUUGUCCAAUGGCUAAAAGUUAAGAGGGUGAUUCCAUCUGAACUGAAGCUUAUUGAGAAAGUGAACAACAGGGCAUGUGAACAUAUUCUGGCAGCAAUGGAGGACAUUACUGGACGCAUAGGAGAUAACUGGUGGACCAGAGGAUGGAAGCGGUUCGAGGGGACGUAUGUCACCUGGUUUUUGAUGAAGCCAGAAGCCAGGAAAAACCAAGACUACCUUUUCAGCAUCUUCCACAAACUUAACCUGGAGGAUGCUGUUAAUUAUGUUACUGAGGGAGAAAAACGAGGAUCUCUGGCUUUCCUGCGCAACAGUGAAGGCACUAAUGUUAAUUUCGAGAAAAAAUUUGGUUUGGAGUUUUCUGGAGUGAUGCCUGACAUCACAUCUGAGUUAGACUAUGGCAGUGACAACGUGCCAAUGACCUCCAUCAUACGGGACACCAUUCCCUCUGUGUCUCUGAAUAUUCAUGAGCAAGAUAUGAAAGCCGUCAACGAGGACAUCAAUGCCCACCACUUACUGCAGCAACAUCUGUACAGAAGCAGGAAAAAUCACCGCCACAGGUAUAGCCGUAGUGACUUCACCAUCAACCAGAGUGAAGAUGAGGUACAGGAGAUCUUCCAGAGAACCAUGAGAAAUCGCCUUGAAUCAUUCAAAUCUGCCAAGAUGGGGGUCUCUCCAGCCAAGAAAAUCACAAAGCAUCCCAAGAAAGAGACAAACCAGAAAAUGUCUAAUUUGAGGGCUCUAGACAAUGCAGCCCAUCCAUAUGGAGAUGAAGAUUUUGAGUUCUCAGAAGUAGACAGUACAUCCAGCGCUGAUGGAAGGGCUGCAGGUGGCAAUUCCCCCUCGAGAUUCGCAAAAGGAGGUAUAGAAAAUCCAGCAUUCAUGCCAGAGAUGGAGGUUCCUCCUCCUCCGUGGUUAACAGAGGCUGAGAACGACACGAGCGUAGCACCUUCUCAAAGGGCACAGCGCCAACUACCAUGGAGUCCCAACAACCUGCGUCGCCUGGCACCUUUGAGGAUCAGUAACCAAUCAACAGACUCCUUUCUGAUGGCAGACGCUCCACCCACAGAGGAAUCACUCGAAGAUCCAUUUGAGGAACCACCUAAAAGGGAUGACUCCCAUCUCUAGCCUUCAUAUUAGUAUUUAACAUUAGCUUGCCACAUCGUUGGAUCAGCAUUUCCCUGAUAUGCGUUUGAAUACGAGUAAGAUCAGCAUACACUUUAGAGGUUAGUCUUUCUGUCAUUUUUAAUCAUUUGUUCUUGCUCAUCUCCAUGAAGACAUUCGCAAUAGCAUGCAAAUAUCUUGCCCGAGAAACAUUCCGAUGAUGGUUACUUUUUACUUGAGUGUGCUAUUUUUUGGACCGUGGAAAGUUACAGGAACACUCAGCUAUCCUAACACAGUCCUGCAGUCGAUCAUUUAUGUUUGAGAUGUCAUUUUGAAGGUAAUAUUCAUAGCAUCUGGUCCAGAUAUGUGGUUUACUCCCUACAGCAUAUAGGGAGGGGAAACCGUACAAUACUUUAAUAGUAAUAUUGAAUGGAUUAACUUCAGCAUACUGUAUACUUUGUGUAAAAGCACUUGAUCUUUCUUUUCUUCACCAAUAGGUGAACAAUUUCCCUACAAAACUCUACGAUCUUGUUCUACUUAUGUACCGAUUCAGCUUCUGAGCUUCGAUGUUAUUUGUUCAGUGCAUAUAUCAACAAGCCUGAAAUCCUCACUAAUGCUGAAACACUCUCUCAAUGCUAGUUGUUUAUUUAUUUCUUAAGUCCUUUAGUGUACUAUGCCUAAAUAUUACUCUACUUAAAUCUUCCAAAAAUAAUAAAAUGUGAUUUUUUCCA